ACCCAGCCGAAUAUGAUUCCCUAACGGAGCUUAAAAAUUUUAAAAAAUAUGCCUAAUAUGUCAAACUGCUGUCAGAGGAACCUAAAAUGUCUGCAAACUUUUGGGACGAUCCAAUAGUAAUACUCUACAUAAUCAUCGCGUUUUUAGUGCUGGACAAUCUGUGGGCCACUUAUCUACUGCUUCGCGACAUUCGAGUGGCGUACAAAACGGAUAGGGUACCGACUGUGAUUAGUCCCUACUUGCCGCAGGAUCUCUACGACAAGAUGCGUGUUUACAAGAUCCACAAGGGAUGGUUUACUAUUGUCAACACCUUACUAACUGUGGUUAUCAUCGGCAUCCUGGAGCUCUACUUCGGCUUCUACGCCUGGCUGUAUGGGGUGGCUGGCAAGUGCGCCAUGGCCAAGUGGAUGGAGCACGAGGCAUGCGUCUCCGUGAUCUUCGUGCUCUUCCUGAGCUUGUACUUAUGGCUCAAGAGCCUUCCGGCCACGUUCUACGAGAUGCUGUGCAUCAAGAGCCUGUACACCAGGGCGAAACCACCGUGCCUAACUCGCAUCUGUCGCUUUGUCUUCGACGUGAUUUUGGGAGUGGUGCUCACCACCUUGGUGGUGGUUGCCUUGGUGUACAUGUUCCUCGCCAUGGGACCAUAUGCUCCGCUGGGAUUGUACGGCCAAUCGCUGAUCCUGACCUUCGUCGUGAUUCUGCUGAUUCCGUUUCUGAUUGAUCCUUUUGUGGGCAAGCGGGUACCUCUGGAAAACUCAGGCCUACGUAACCAACUGGAGAACCUUACAAGUCAGGUUGGCUUUCCUAUGAGCCAGGUGCGCAUCAUUCGGGUGCACGAUCCUAACACGGGAAGCAACGCCUUUUUCUACGGAUGCUGCUGCCUCAAGAGGAUCGUGAUCUUUGACACGCUACUGCUGAAUAGGGGCAGGCGUGAUCUCUCCCAGCUGCCGCCAGAGGAUGUGGGUAAGGGACUGUCGGAUGCCCAGGUGACGGCUGUUGUGGCCCACGAACUCGGUCACUGGCACAACGGGCACUUUUACAAGGCGAUCCUGGCGUUCCAAGUACAUCUUAUACUGACAAUCCUACUGUUUGCGCUCUUGUUCCCGCAUGGGCCCAUCUACCAGGCUGUGGGAUUCGCUCCCGGGGUGCAGCCCAUCGUCGUUGGAAUCUUCCUCAUCUUUGGCUUCAUACUGACGCCGUACAUGACGCUGGCCAACUUUUGCAUGCUGAGUAUGACACGCUGCUUUGAGUACCAGGCGGAUGAGUUCGCCUAUCGACUCGGAUACUCGGGAGAGCUUGGUCAGGCGUUGCUCAAGCUGUACGCGGACAACCUGGCCUUCCCCGUCUCGGACCGCUGCUACUCCAGCUGGAACCACACUCACCCCACGAUGCUGGACCGUCUGGGUCGCCUGGCGGAACUUCGACGUUAGGCGUUACAUGACUUCGGUUCGCUUUUUUGAAACACAGUAGGUUCUGAUUGAGUUAUCUGGCUUGGGUAAUAUAGAUAUAUAUUUUGCAA